UUGCCGCCUGUAACAGUGUUUCACAGAGAGAAACUGUUGAGUUGUGAAGACUGGAGCCACACUGACAGUAUAAUGGAUCUAAAAGACUAUUACCUGUUGGGUGCCCUGCUUGCCUGCAUAUGGCUGGAUCCCUCGAUAGCUCAAGAACUUAUCUACCCCAUCAGAGAGGAAUUGCAAGAAAAUGUUCUCAUCGGAAAUAUACCAAAGGACCUAAACAUUUCCCAUACAAAUGCUGCCACUGGAGCAAGUGCUAAUCUUGUGUACCGGCUUGUCUCCAAAGCUGGAGACAACCCACUGGUCCGUGUUCUGAGUAGCACUGGAGAGAUAUUCACAACAUCAAACCGAAUCGACAGAGAGAAGUUGUGCCCCGGUCCCUCUUUUGAAGAGAGCGAGUGCUCCUUUGAAAUUGAAGUGGUCAUACUGCCUAAUGAUUAUUUCAGGCUGAUUAAGAUAAAAAUAAUCGUCAAAGACACAAAUGAUAAUGCCCCCAUGUUCCCAUCCCCUGUGAUCAACAUCUCUAUCCCAGAAAACACCCUCAUUAACAGCCGCUUUGCUAUUCCUUCUGCCACCGACCCAGACACCGGACCCAACAGUGUUCACAAAUAUGAGUUGAUCAAUGGGCAGAGUGCCUUUGGAUUAGACAUAGUAGAAACGCCUGAGGGGGAGAAGUGGCCCCAGCUCAUUGUGCAGCAGAAUCUGGACAGAGAGCAAAAGGACACAUAUGUGAUGAAGAUUAAAGUAGAGGAUGGCGGCAGUCCACAGAAAUCCAGCACUGCCAUUCUUCAGGUUACUGUAACAGAUGUCAACGAUAACAAGCCAGCAUUCAAAGAGAAUCAAAUUGAGGUGCACAUACCAGAGAACUCCCCGAUUGGCACGUCCGUUGUGCAGCUCCAGGCCACAGAUGCAGACAUAGGGGCAAAUGCAGAAAUACAUUAUGUAUUCGGGACUCAGGUGUCUCCUGCUACAAAAAGACUCUUUGCAAUAAACACAACAUCUGGCCUAAUUACAGUGCAGAGACCUUUGGACAGGGAGGAGACCGCUAUUCAUAAGGUUUCCGUUUUAGCCAGUGAUGGGAGCUCAAGUCCAGCCAGAGCGACUGUUACCAUAAAUGUGACUGACGUUAAUGACAAUCCACCCAAUAUUGACCUGAGAUACAUAAUCAGUCCCAUUAAUGGCACCGUUUUCCUCUCGGAGAAGGAUCCUAUCAACACCAAGAUAGCUUUGAUCACAGUGUCGGACAAAGACACUGACAUCAACGGCAAGGUCAUUUGUUUCAUAGAGAAAGACGUGCCUUUCCAUCUCAAAGCUGUGUAUGAUAACCAGUAUCUGCUGGAGACAUCUGCGUUACUGGACUAUGAAGGGACAAAAGAGUACAACUUUAAGAUUGUAGCUUCUGAUUCCGGAAAACCAAGCCUGAAUCAAACGGCCCUGGUGAGAGUGAGGCUUGCAGAUGAGAACGACAACCCACCUAUUUUUACUCAACCAGUCAUUGAGCUGGCCGUCAUGGAGAACAACAAGCGUGACCUAUUCCUCACGACUCUCAGCGCUACAGACGAGGACAGCGGCAAGAAUGCUGAUAUAGUGUAUCAGCUGGGACCAAAUGCAUCAUUUUUCGAUUUGGACCGUAAAACAGGCGUCCUGACUGCCUCCAGGGUUUUCGAUAGGGAGGACCAGGACAGGUUCCUCUUUACUGUGACUGCAAGAGACAACGGAACGCCCCCCCUGCAAACACAGGCAGCUGUUAUCGUAACUGUGCUGGAUGAAAAUGAUAACAAUCCUAAAUUCACUCAUAACCACUUUCAGUUCUUUGUGUCAGAAAAUCUGCCUAAAUACAGCACUGUGGGGGUGAUAACUGUGACAGAUUCAGAUGCAGGGGAAAAUGCUGCUGUCUCGCUCUCUAUACUGAAUGACAAUGAGAACUUUAUACUAGAUCCAUACUCCGGGGUGAUAAAAUCUAAUGUGUCAUUUGACAGGGAGCAACAGAGCUCCUACACCUUUGAUGUUAGGGCUGUGGACAGCGGCAGGCCUCCUUGCUCCUCAGCUGCCAAGGUGACCAUCAACGUCAUCGAUGUGAACGACAACACCCCGAUUGUCAUCUACCCCCCUUCCAACACAUCUUUCAAGCUAGUGCCUCUCUCCUCUAUUCCGGGAUCCGUGGUGGCAGAGGUGUUUGCUGUGGAUGGUGAUACGGGGAUGAACGCAGAACUGAAAUACACCAUCGUCAGUGGUAACAACAAGGGUUUGUUCAGAAUCGACCCUGUCACCGGAAAUAUUACCCUGGAAGAAAAACCAACGGUAACUGACAUAGGCUUACACAGAUUAGUAGUCAACAUUAGUGACCUGGGCUAUCCAAAAUCCCUCCACACCCUUGUCCUGGUAUAUUUAUAUGUCAAUGACACUGUGGGCAACUCAUCUCUCAUAUACGAUCUCAUCCGGCGUACAAUGGAGACCCCGAUUGACCGAAACAUUGGUGAAAGCAGUGAAACUUAUCAAAACGGUGACUAUUUAACCAUAAUGAUAGCCUUUGUCACUGGCGCCUUAGUGGUGAUUAUUGUCAUCUUUGUGACGGUGCUGCUGCGCUGUCGCCACGCUUCCAGGUUCAAAGCUGCACAGAGGAAAAAACAGGGGGCUGAGUGGAUGUCACCCAACACGGAAAACAAACAGAACAAGAAGAAAAAGCGCAAGAAAAGGAAGUCCCCCAAAAGCUCUCUGCUCAACUUCGUCACUAUCGAGGGGAACAAACCUGACGACCCAGCCCACGAGCCUAUAAACGGAACCAUCAGUCUGCCUACAGAGAUGGAAGAGCAAGGGAUUGGUCGCUUUGAUUGGAAUGCCACACCCACCACAACCUUCAAACCUAGCAGCCCUGACCUGGCUCGCCACUACAAAUCUGCCUCGCCGCAAUCAGCCUUCCACCUCAAGGCGGACACGCCGGUAUCAGUGAAGAAGCAUCACGUGAUUCAGGAACUCCCAUUGGAUAACACAUUUGUUGGAGGCUGUGACACCCUUUCGAAGCGAUCCUCCACCAGCUCCGAUCACUUCAGUGCCUCAGAGUGCAGCUCCCAAGGAGGGUUCAAGACCAAGGGGCCCAUGCACACCAGACAGCAGGUAAAGGAGCACUUUUACUGGUCUAUAAGUACUGCCUAUAACUGCCCUGUUCCACAGUGCUGA